AUGUCGAGCUCGGUGUUUCAAAUUCUUUUUCUUCCGGUUUCCCUCACGGAACAAGCAUCCGGAGCUGCACCGGGACUUGCAAGGUCUCCCCCCCUGGUGAAGGGUAAUUGCACCCGAACAUGUGGUGGCAUCGCCAUUCCCUUCCCGUUCGGGAUUGGAAUCGGGUGUUUCCUCAGUGAGUGGUUCGAGAUUGUCUGCAAGGAAAGCAACAACGUCGCCAUCCCCAUACUGAACAAGGCCAACUUGACGGUGCUCAAAAUCUCGCUACCCAAUUACCAUGAUGGAACGAACGGCAUGAUCAGCGUUAGUCUUCCGAUAAUCUACUCACCAAAUGGGACCUGCAGGGGACACGGAAGCUUUGCGCCUGUGAGCUUGAAAGGAAGCCAGUUCAUCUUCUCUGAGUCGAGGAACGUCUUCGCCGCUGUUGGUUGCAACAUAUGUGCUCUAUUGGAUAACACAAUGUCUGCUGUCAUAGGGUGCCAAAACAAAUGCGAAAAACAACACGACAUCAUUAGGAAAAUGAAUUGUUCGGGCAGCGACGGAUGCUGCCACACCACAAUUACCUCGGAUCUUCAGGCUUUCAGCGUCACUUUCCGGCCGGACAACAAAACAGCAGAGAAUAAAUGCGAGUAUGCCUUCUUGGGAGAAAGGUCGCAGUUCACACCUUCAACUAUAGACUUCGAUGAGUUGGAGGCGAGUGGGCAUUUCCCAGCGGUGCUAGAAUGGGGGAUAGCUAAUUCCUCCCAAGCUGCGCAAGAAAUUUACAAAGGUGGCUUCAUCUCCGACGAUUCCUAUUUCUGCAGCAGAUGUUCUUGCCAUACGGGCUUCACCGGUAACCCCUAUAUUAAACAUGGAUGCGAAGCUAACGCCCCCAAAACAUCAGUAGCUGCACCUAGUCUUGCAAAGCUUAACUGCACUGAAACAUGUGGGAACGUCACCAUUCCCUUCCCCUUCGGCAUGGGAGCCGGGUGUUUCUUGGAUGACUGGUACCAGAUCAUCUGCCUACAAAACAACAUGGUUCCCAUUCUAAAGAAGAUUAGAUUGCGUGUUCUCCACAUUUCACUCCCCGAUGGCCUGAUUAGUGCCCGUCUUCCUUUAAUUUACUCAAAUGCAAGCUGUAGGGGCGGCGGACUUGGUGAGUCGGUGAGCUUUGAAGGAGGUCCAUUUGUCUUCUCCCAGAGAUGGAAUGUCUUUAUAUCGGUCGGUUGCAACACCCUAGCAACAGUGAAUACAACAGAUUCAGCUGUUGUUGGUUGCAGGUCUAAAUGUGCUGGAACCAGCACUAACAUUAGCCAGUAUCAUGGUGCUUGUUCCGGGAGGGACAGAUGCUGCCAGACUAUGCUUCCCUUUAACCUUCAGGGCUUUAGUGUGGAUUUCAAAGAAGAAGGUGAAUAUCAGGGGUGCAAUUACGCUUUCCUGGCAGGCAUCGGGUUCUUGAGGUCUGACUCUACAGGUUUAUAUGAUUUUAGAUUGGACGAUACUGUUCCAGUGGUGUUGGAAUGGGGGAUUGCAAGCAAUACCAACUUUGCACUUGACCUUACCCGGCAAGCUUACAAAGAAAAAGACAGGUCCAACUAUUAUGAUUCUUUCACCUGUGACAGAUACAGCCUCUAUGCCAAUGUAGAUGAAAUCCCAAUUAUGCAGUGCUUUUGCGGGAGUGGGUAUCACGGUAACCCCUAUCUUAUUGAAGGAUGCAAAGAUAUUAACGAAUGUGGAGAUUCAAAUCUAACUCGUUGCCCCGACAGUUGUGUGAACCAACCGGGCAGCUAUGAGUGCGUCAGUGAUGGUAGAAGGACCGAUGUUAAGGAAAGAGCUACAUCUUUUCUUAUCUACAUUGGAGCGGGCCUUGGAGCACUAGGAAAUUUGUUGCUUUUCUCUUGGUGGUUGUACAGAGUCAUCAAAAAGAGAAGAGAAGCUAAGCUCAAGGAAAAGUACUUUAAACGAAACGGUGGUCUUUUGUUGCAACAACAGCUGUCUUCACCCGAAGGCAAUGUUGAGAAGAGCAAAUUAUUCAAUUCCAAGGAUUUGGAGAAGGCCACUGAUCAUUUCAACAAGGAUAGGAUACUGGGGCAAGGUGGACAGGGUACUGUUUAUAAGGGAAUGUUAACAGACGGAAAAAUAGUAGCUAUUAAGAAAUCAGAAGUGGUAGACGAGGGAAAAGUCGAACAAUUCAUCAAUGAGGUCCUCAUUCUCUCACAAAUCAAUCAUAGGAAUAUUGUUAAACUAUUGGGGUGCUGCUUGGAGACAGAAGUUCCUCUUUUAGUAUAUGAAUUCAUACCAAAUGGGACGCUGUACCAAUGUCUACAUGACCCAAAUGAGGAGUUUCAAGUGCCAUGGGACACCCGCCUACGAGUUGCAACCGAAAUCGCUGGAGCCUUAUCGUACUUGCAUUCAGCAGCUUCUAUUCCUAUUUAUCAUCGAGAUAUCAAGUCCACCAAUAUCCUGUUAGAUGAGAAAUAUCAGGCAAAAGUGGCAGACUUCGGCACUUCCAAGUCUGUUUCUCUCGAUCAAACUCACGUAACCACAUUGGUGCGGGGGACUUUUGGAUACUUGGAUCCAGAGUACUUCCAAACAAGUCAAUUUACAGACAGAAGCGAUGUGUACAGCUUUGCGGUGGUCCUUGUCGAACUCUUAACGGGACGAAAGCCAAUCUCUCCAUUGAGUGAAGAAGAAGGGAGAAACCUCGUGGCGUACUUUAUAAUUUCUAUGGAGGAGGAUUCUGUGUUCGAUAUGGUUGAUGCUCAAGUUUUGAAGGAGGGUAAGGAAGAAGAGAUUACAGCAGUUGCUAACCUCGCAAGAAGGUGCUUAAACUCCAUUGGGAGGAACCGGCCGAUGAUGAAAGAAGUGGCAAUGGAAUUGGAGAGAAUAAGGAGGCUCCGAAAUCCUUUGGAUUUCCAACAAAACCGAAGUCCUUCGGAUUUCCAACAAGAUCAAGAAACAGUCGAGGCCACUGAAUCUCAUGAUGCUAGUUUCACAUCUAGCAAGUCUUAUUAUGUGGACUUGGAUGUAACAGCAUUUUCGGAUGUGCAGCCAUUCGCACAUUGUGAAACAUGGUGAAGUCAGCUCUUUCUG